GGCCGCAGGGCCUCCCGCUGCGGGCGGGCCCGCCUCGCCAGUCAGUGUCUCUGGGGGCCCAGCCGUUGGGACCUCGUAUCCUCCGGGUCCGGUGUUCAGGGUGGUCCCGCUCUGCCCCGUUUCAGCUCCACCUUCUCACCUCCACCCAUCCUGGGACCUGACCCUUUUUGGAAGUUUAAGGUGAACUUACUGUAGGCUCUCAUGUGUGAAUAUAAGUGUAGUGCAUCAUUACUGUAAAGACCUCACCAACUGAAAGUUACAGUUUUCACCAUCAGCUCACCUUAUAUCUUUUGGUCUGGUUCUUUUCCUCAAGGAGAAGAAACUUCUUUCUUUCAAGUUGCUUUUGUUGCAGAGUUAACCAAAUGGCCAAUAGUGGCUUUGGUAAACAAUGUGCAAAAUGCUCCAACUGUUCAUCUACUUCUAAGCAAGAUGAAUUUUAUGUAUGUGCCUGUAAAAGAAGGCCUUCUCCAAUCUCUGUGGUGGAAAUGUCCCAAGCAUCAAGCAUUGUCAGCUCAGAAUGUGUAGUUUCAUCAGAGAAAAACAAAGAAAACCAAUCCAGCACAGAUAAUGCCUCUGUGAAAGAUAUGCCCUCAAAAAGCAUCAAUGUGGAGAGAAAACCAUCUCAACAACAAUGGAGUCGGGGAAACAUUACAGAGGGAAAAGUUCCUCACAUAAGGAUAGACAAUGGAGCUGCUAUUCAGGAAAUCUAUACCUUUGGAAGAAUAUUGGGAAAAGGGAGCUUUGGAAUGGUCAUUGAAGCUACGGACAAGGAAACAGGAACUAAGUGGGCAAUUAAAAAAGUGAACAAAGACAAGGCCGGAAGCUCUGCUGUGAAGCUACUGGAACGGGAGGUGAACAUCCUGAAAAGUGUGAAACACGAACACAUCAUACAUCUGGAACAAGUGUUUGAGACGCCUAAGAAAAUGUACCUGGUGAUGGAGCUUUGUGAGGAUGGAGAACUCAAAGAAAUUCUGGAUAGGAAAGGGCAUUUCUCAGAGAACGAGACCAGGUGGAUCAUUCAGAGUCUCGCAUCAGCCAUAGCAUAUCUUCACAAUAAGGAUAUAGUACAUAGAGAUCUAAAACUGGAAAACAUAAUGGUCAAAAGCAGCUUUAUUGAUGAUAACAACGAAAUGAACUUAAACAUAAAGGUGACUGACUUUGGCUUAGCUGUGAAGAAGCAAGGCAGGAGUGAAGCCAUGCUGCAGACUACAUGUGGAACUCCUAUCUAUAUGGCCCCUGAAGUUAUCAAUGCCCAUGACUAUAGCCAGCAGUGUGACAUUUGGAGCAUAGGUGUCAUAAUGUACAUUCUAUUAUAUGGAGAACCACCCUUUCUGGCAAGCUCAGAAGAGAAGCUGUUUGAGCUAAUAAGAAAGGGAGAACUACAUUUUGAAGAUCCAGUCUGGGAUUCCAUAAGUGAUUGCGCUAAAAGUGUUUUGAAACAACUUAUGAAAGUAGACCCUGCUCACAGAAUCACAGCUAAGGAACUCCUAGAUAACCAGUGGUUAACAGGCAACAUACUUUCCUCAGCAAGACCAACCAAUGUGUUAGAAAUGAUGAAACAAUGGAAAAAUAACCCAGAAAGUGAUGAGGAAAACACAACAGAUCCAGUAAACAACUGCUCCAUUCAAGAAAGGUUGAAAGACUACCAACCCAGCGGACCCAGCAGAAAUGUCCAGGACACCAGUUGCACUUCAGAUGAAGAGGGGGAAAAACAGUCCACUGCUUAUGCAAAAGAAUUUCUUGCCACCAGUAAGAAGGAAAACGUGGACAACUUGGACACGAAGUAUGCAAGUUCCACAUACAGCAGAGACUUUCCAGCCAGACUCAGGGGAGAACCAGAGAAAUCCCCCGUGACAUCAAGCCAAGGACCAACAAUCAAAUACAUUGCUAAAUCCAAUGCUGUGCCUAAAACCAAAAAGAAACUCUAAGGUUCCCUUCACAGGUGAAUAGUACAAACACGGAGCUGCUCUUUUGAGCGCUAACGUGAGGAGACGGGAGGGGGAAAGGACAGGACUAUGUCAAGAGCUUUUGGCCUUUUAGCCCCACUGAGCCCUGCCAAGUGUUUGCACCAGUUUAACCUCAGAGCUAGGGAUCCUCAAGGCAGCCUGGUGUUAAAGGACAGCCACCAACAGGCUUGAUGGCAGGCUGUGGUUGCCUUCAACUCGAGGUUUUUAAGAGUUGUUUAGAGGAGCACAUGCCCUCAAAGCAAGGCGGUGGGCAUACUUGCUCAGUUUUACUUCAAAUUCUUGUAUUUAGGCACAAUUAUUUGUAGGAGAGGAUGAGAGCCAAAUAUGGUGAUGGAGGUCCCAAAUAAUUAUGUGCACUUCGCACUAGGAGAUUUUGUUAGGAAAUUACUAAUAAACUUGCCGUAGGCAUAACAGCAGAAGUGCUUCAGCCAUUCACAUGUGUUCUUGUGAUUUUAGGUUGCUAUAGAUUAUUUAAGACAACUUAUUUUAGAUGUAGAAGAAUAGGAGAUUUUGUAACUGCUUGCUAUUAAGUUGCUGCUAAAUUCCCAAUAUAUUGAUUGAAUCAAUAAAAGACAGAUGUUACCCAUGCACGUUAA